ACCGUGGCGAACAGUUGACACAUGAGAAUGAUUUAGAAUAUAGCAAAUAUUAAUACAUUUAUUGCAGUCUGUCAAUGCUGGCUUUGGCGGCCUACCUGAGCCAGGAAGCGGAUCUUGUGUGUGGGAGGGCAGACUGGGGCGGUUGCCAAUUUAAUUAUUUUGCAAUCUGCCUAAAUGGAUAAUGGAAACUUAACUUAACACUUAACUUCUUGCGACUAGCAAACCCGUGUCCGGUAUCAUAGCUUCAAACGCAUUAGCAUAACGCAGCGGACAUAAAUACGCAACAAAACGCAAAUGAAAUAAAUAUAUUCAAACACAAGCUUAGCCUUUUGUUAACAACACUGUCAUCUCAGAUUUUCAAAAUAUGCGUUACAACAGUGUACGUUUAUCAUGGCAUAAUGCUAUAUGCAAAGCUCUGAUGGCAGCAGGCAACAUUUUCACAAAAAUAAGAAAAUCAACCAAAUUAAAUCAUUUACCUUUUGAAGAACUUCGGAUGUUUUCACUCAGGAGACUCCCAGUUAGAUAGCAAAUGUUCCUUUUUUCCAAAAAUAAUAUUUUUGAAGGUGAGAAAUCGACCGAAAAAUACUUCAACUAUAACGCCAAACUUUUUUCAAAAUUUGCUCCAUAAUAUCGACAAACACAGCAAACGUUGUUUAGGAUCCAUCCUCAAGGUGUUUUUAACAUAAGUAUUCGAUAAUAUAUCCGUGGAGGCAGUUGGUUUCUCAUAAGAAACGAUUGGCAAAAUGGCUACCUCAGUAUUUUACGCAAGGUUUUCUGCGGGAGACACCAUGUGACCACGUGCCAAGAAUGGCUGUAAGGGACCACAGCCAUUCUUCAAGGGAAAUGCCUAAAAAGAAGUCACAAUGCUGCAGACACCUUGGGGAAAACGUGGAAAACAUAAGCUGACUCCUAGCUCCUUCACAGCCAUAUAAGGAGUAAUUGGCAUGAGGCGGUUUCAAAAAAUGCGGCACUUCCUGAUUGGAUUUUUAUCUGGGUUUCGCCUGUAACAUCAGUUCUGUGGCACUCACAGACAAUAUCUUUGCAGUUUUGGAAACGUCAGUGUUUUCUUUCCAAAGCUGUCGAUUACAUGCAUAGUCGAGCAUCUUUUCGUGACGAAAUAUCUUGUUUAAAACGGGAACGUUUUUCAUCCAAAAAUUAAAAGAGCGCCCCCUAAAUCCAACUGGUCAAACCAUUUUUCAUUUUUAUUAGACGCUGUAGGUUUUUGCGAAAAAUGGCGACAAAAAAUCCCAAGUUAAUGGAAACACAGCUUUUGUGUGUCUCCUCCACCUGCUCCCCACCUGGGAGGGCUGAUCCCAGACCUGUUCCUGCUCUUGCCGACUCCAACGCCGCUGCUGCCAAGACAAACAUGACAAGGAGUUAACAUGUCUCACAAAACAUAUGCUUAUGUAAUUAUUCCGAUUUUCUUUUUUUAAUGACAUCGGUACUAAACUUGAAUGUGAUAGCACAAACAGACUGACAGACUCAGGCUAGCUGAAGGGUGUUGUUGUUGGUGUUACUCUGCUAUGGUGUUCUGGUGGCCUCACUGUGCCAUGCUCCUCCCUGCAGGGUAACAAUGGCACCAGCCUUCAGACUGACCAUGAAGCCCAAGGCCACAGAUAACAUGGACCAUCUCAUGGUGGACUUCAACCAGGAACGGCAACUCCUCCAGAACCUCAAGUUUCUGCCUGUCCCUCAAGCCCCAGAGAUGGAGGUCGGGGGACUGUCUGGUGUUAGACAACACUGUGUCUGUAGCCUGGAAGAUGCCAGUGGAGGACAGCAAGAUAGACCACUACAUACUGGAGUACAGAAAGACCGACCACGAAGGACUGCCACGGAUCAAAGACGAACGUUGCUGGGAGGUGGUGGACAACAUCAAGACCACAGAAUACUCACUGUCCGGUUUAAAGUUUGA